CGCAGCAGCCCACAGCUCCUGUCCCACGCCACAAGCCAUCGGGAAAAGGGGGAAAAGCUGCCCGGCAUCCAGCCCUUCCCACCGCCGAGACAUGAAGCUUCUUUCUCUGCAGGUCCUGGCCGUGCUGAGGCUCCUGUGCCUGGCCAUUCUGGCUGGAGGGCAACCCAAAGCACCUCUGAAGUGUUCCAAAGAGUGUGGGUCCUUUACAUCAGAGCUGUCAGCCAAGAGGGUCAGGAGCUACUACAGGACUGAGCCCAGCUGCACCAAACAGGCCAUCAUAUUCCUAACUCUGAAGCUCUAUGAGAUCUGUGCAGAUCCAGAGGCCCCAUGGGUAAAGAAGAUUGUGGAGAAAUUGGACCAGAAGAAGGCUCCAGCUCGCCCAGCUCCCCCUGGCACCACCCCAGCAGCAGCUCCCCAAGAGCCUGGGGCUUUUCAGAAGCAUGUUGGUCUCACAGCUCCACCUCCAGCCACUGCCUCAACCAGCCUCUUCCAAGGGGCUGCCACAACAGUUCUGGAGAGGACACACAUUGGUGCAGCCAGGACAGAGGCAGCACCUCCAGAAGCAGCCACGGAACACACUGCAAAGGCUACAGCCCAGGCUCCAGCCACGACUUCUGCCAGCCCUGUGGCUGUUUCUGCAGCCUCACACCAUCCUGUGCUUCCUACAAAUGAACCCCCAGACCCUAAACAGGUCAGAAUCAAUGUCCCAGAUGGUGCUUCCAGCAGUUUGGGUUCAGAUCUUCCCUCCAUCCUGGAUGUCCCCAAGGUCCCAGCACACACUCCCUUGGUUUCCACUCUGGCUGCCACACACAAAGGUUCCUCUGACCACACCAACAGAGCUGCCACUUCCCCUGCAGGUGCUUUGGCCACUGGAACAUCUGCCUAUUCAUCACCUGCAGGAAAGCAAGAGCCUCCAGGAACAUCAGUCCUGCCAGGCCAAGCCAGGGCAGAGCUGGGCACAGACAGCCCAGAGCAUCCACCUCCUCCCAGCUUCUUGGCAGCAUCCCAAAUGCACUUUGUCAUCCCAGCCUCUGUGGUAGGGGCUCUGAUGCUUUGCAUUGUUGCUGCUGUGUGGCUGUACCUAAGAUUUGGAGUCAAAGCAGAAGAAAUGUCCAGGGACAUGGUGCAGGGCUUGUUGUACCACAAGGAGGGACCCCAGAAUGACAUCUAUCCCAUGAAAGUCAUCUGAGUCCCUUUAUGGGGUGAGGAUGGGAAACCUGCUGCUUGUUGCUCCAGGACAGUGAGUUGAUGCUGAGCUGGUGACCAUCAGGAAGCAAGGCAGGGAAGGAAAAGAGCCCAGAAAGCUGAUCUCUGACUUGUUAGCUGUGUUUCUGAGCAAAUGCCUCCAGUUCAUCCCUCACCACCACCCUGUGCUGGUGCUCUGCAAUGAAAUGAGACCCUUCCUUUUCUCUUCUGCCACAAGGUCUGCUGCUGGUGGUGGCCCUUUGCCAGGUGGGGAGGGGCAGAAGCAGGUUUCUCAGUCACUGCUGGGGAUUUUUCUGCUAAAGAGGCACCUGCUGGGCUUGGGCUCAGCCACCUGCAGCAACCUCAGCACCAAAAACACCCCCAGAACCAAAAACACCCCCAGAACUUUUGCACUUCUGCUGCUUCUUCCUUUAUUGCUCCAGAUCAGGCUGAGCCUGCUGCUGGUGCUCAGUGGGGUGCUGGCACUCCUUGGGCUGAUCAAUCCCCCCUCACCUGCUGGAGACCAAGGGGUAGUUGAGCUUUUCAGAGGUGGAAAGCUGCAGCUGAUGAUGGGACUCAAGGUGAGUGCAGCAGAUUUCACCUUCAGCCUGCCUUCUGUCUCCUCCUUGAAACCAGCUUACCCUGAAGAUGAGGCACCAUCCAGAGCACUCUCCUGCAGCCCAGGAGGCUGCUCCAACAGCUCUGGGCAUUGCAGAUUUAGGCUGAGACCUGAUUCUUGGCAAAGUAACUGCAACAAAGCCCAGCAGGGCAGGACAGUGUGUGGGAGCCUUUGCACAGGGGAGAGGAGAACAAGAAGCCACCCAGUAUCCCUGGGAUAGCAUUGGAGGGUUUGUGCUCUUCUCUGCAAGCACAAAGCCCAGGAAACAGUCUCUUGGGGGAGCUACAUGUAGCUCUGGAGUCAGCCAGGCUGGGAUUACCCAUCACAGCACAUGCACCUUCCCUCUGCUCCUGUGUUCCCUCAGCAAAGCACAAAUAGGCUUGUCUGUGGUCCUCCAGCUCACAGGGGUGUUAAAGCCCCUGAACAGUACCAGGCACACAGCAAACCCAAACUGGUUGUGGGUUUUACACACCCAGAUGUUGCCCUUUGAGCCUUGGGGUCAGCUCCUGACUCACCUUACCAAGCAUUGGCUCCAGGGUGAGCUCUGCUGCAGCAGGCAAAGCUCUUCUUGGUGUAGAGAUGCACACCAGGGGUCAGAUCCUCCUCCAGCCAACAGAUCUGGGGACAGAUCCUGAACUAGAAACAUGCACUUAGGGAAGCAAGAGCAUGGAAUAAGGAAUGCAGCCUGCUAGAGCCAUCAGCUCUCACCUUCCAGAGCAUCCAUCCAGCCCUGGGUGGGACAGGAGGGGCUGCCAGGGUGCUUCUGUCGUGCCAUCACCCUGUCCCUCCUCUCUGCAUGCCCUUGGCUUAAGAGAGGGGAGCCAGGGACUCACCUGAGGCUCUCUGAGGACAGAAUGUGAGCAGAUGGAUUGUGAUGAGGAACUUGGGGGUUGAAAACUCUUCCUUGUGAGGCCACCUUGCUACCUGGAGGGUGAAUCAAGGGCUGCUGGUGCAUGUCUGGGCUCAGGGGCCUCACACUCUGUGUGCUGUGGCAUUCUUUUAUCCAUAGAAAUGCUGCUUUUGUAGGUUUGUAGCUGUGGGGAUGUGUAGAGUGUCCUGUCCCUGCUGCAUGGUGCAGUCAAGCCCUGCAAUGCUGGACAACACUGUGCCUUGCUGAUUUUGGCUGGCUUGUGCAUGGCCAUGGGAGCUGGAGAUUCAUCAGUGGAGCUGUGGGGGGAGCUCUCCAGGCACCACAGCAGAAGGGACACAAGUGCUCCUUGGCUUGGAGCAGUGCUGGGGAGGUGAAUGUGCAUGCACCAGGCAGGUCUGGUUUGCAAAGCCACCAGUUUGAGCUCCACAGCCAUCUAUCUCCCAGCUGGCACUCAGCAGGAGGAGCCUGGAUGCAUCCCUUCUCCUCUCUCCAGGCAGCCAGAGCACUGGCACCCUUCAGUUACAACCCAGCAGGGGAGGACCAGUGUUCAGGUGAUGCACAGGGCAGCCUGGGAGGGCACAAAGUGCCAGGGCAGGAGGAUGGAGCCUGGCACUGUAGAGCACAGUGACAGUCACCAGCCUGGGCUCAGGGGGGGUUUGCUGGGUGUGUGCACCACAGACACCUUCUGCACCUUUGAUUUCAGUAGGAAAAGCAAUAA